CUUCCGCCGCGGGGCCCUGUGGGAGAGAGAGGGAGCUGCUUGAGCUGGACUACAACUCCCAGCAGCCUUUGCUCCGCCACAGCCCCGCGAACUUUGCGGCCGCUGAUUGGUGGAGCCUCCACCUAUCGGUGCUGUCACGGGGCCUUGCCCCGCCCCCUCUUCCCGCGCGGCGGACGCUGAUUGGCGGAUCCGCCCGUCGAUCAGCCCGUCCCACCGCCGCUCGCGCCCGCCGGCCUCGCGCGCGUUGCCGUGGCGACCCCGCGGCGGUGCAGCCCCCCCACAGCCCGGGGGGGGCCCAAGCCCCGAUGCCGCCCCCGGAGGCACCGCCAGGGCCCAGCGUGAGUGUGGUGGUGGUGGUGGGGGGCUCCUGCGUGCUGCGCUACAGCCGCCCCCCCCCGCCGCCCCCCGCCCCGAGCCCCCCCCCACCCUGGGGGCAGCGGGGACCCCCCCAGAUCCGGCCCCAGGACGGGGACCUGCUGCUGCUGCUGCGGAGCCUGGGCCCUGGAGCCCCCCCUGAGCCCGUGGCUGCCACCAGUUUCGUGGGCCCUGAACCCCGGGACCUGCUGCCCACUGGUGAGGAGCUGGGGAGUCCCAGCAGUGCUGGGAGGGGACCGGGCUGCAGCCUGGCCUGGCCACAGGACCCCGUCCCAUUCGCAGUGGAGCUGCCGCGGGGCCCGGGGGGUUUCGGGUUCAGCCUCCGGGGGGGCCCCGCCGGGGUUUUCGUGCGGGGGCUGCGCGAGGGGGGCCCGGCCCAGCGCUGCGGCUGCAUCCAGGUCAGUGACGAGCUCUUGGCCAUCAAUGGGGCCCCCACAGCCGGGAUGAGCCACGCGCAGGCGCUGGCCCGGAUCCGGGGCGGGGGCAGCCGCCUGCGCCUGCUGCUGCGUCGUCCCCGCGGUGAGACCCUGCUCUGCCCCCCAAAGUCCCCAUGGGGCCCCCCCGGUCAGUGGGGACAGGGCAGGACCCCCAGACACACGGGGACAGGGUGGGAUUGCCCCUAAGGGAGACACCCCAGAGCCCCCCUGAGUCACUGGGACAUCCAGGGACCCCCACAAAACACAGCUGUACGAAUCACCCCCCCGCCAGCGCAGUGGUACAGCCCAGAGCCCCCCAGAACACACCGGUAUAUCCCAGUGCCCCCCCCAAUCAGGUGGUACAGUCCAUUGCCCCUCCAAACUCAGUAAGAUACCCCAGUGCCCCCCCACCAACUGCAGAAGUGGUACA